GAGAGAAAGAGCGAGUUGAGGGGAAGGGAAGGGAAUUGAAACCCUAACCCUUCGAAUCCCUCCCACCCUCUCUCCUUUAACGCUGCUAUAAUCUCUAAUCUCUUUCUGAUUAGAAGCGUAGGGUUUUUAUUGUUUCAAGCGUCUAGGGUUUUCAGAGGAAGCGAUAAUCGAUCUUUUUAUCUCUCUCCAAUCUCUAAUUAGAAAGCUCGAAGAUGAGCAGCUCAGCAGUUCCUCAUCCGAGGAGAAACAAUCUGAAUCCAAGGCGUGGUCCGUCAGCUGUUAAGAAAUCGGCCCCUGCUGUUGAGAACGGCAACAGUAAUGGAAACCAUUCGAAGCCAUCGUCUCCUCCUCAAUCGUCUGUUGGUGGAGAGAGAACGGUGAAGAAGUUGAGAUUGUCGAAAUCGCUUACAAUUCCUGAGGGGACGACUGUUUCUGAAGCCUGUCGUCGGAUGGCAUCCCGCCGUGUUGACGCAGCUCUACUUACUGAUGCCAAUGGCUUACUGUCUGGAAUCAUUACUGACAAGGACAUUUCCAAUAGAGUUGUAGCUGAAGGGUUGAGGCCAGAGCAGACGAUUGUUUCAAAAAUUAUGACGAGGAAUCCAGUUUUUGUUACAUCAGAUUCGUUAGCCAUUGAGGCUCUGCAGAAGAUGGUUCAAGGAAAGUUUAGGCACCUCCCUGUUGUUGAAAAUGGUGAAGUUACUGCUUUGUUGGAUAUUACAAAGUGCCUCUAUGAUGCUAUAUCUAGAAUGGAAAAGGCUGCCGAGCAAGGAAGUGCCAUUGCAGCUGCUGUUGAAGGGGUGGAACGUCAAUGGGGAAGCAAUUUUUCAGCUCCAUAUGCCUUCAUAGAAACUCUCAGGGACCGGAUGUUUAAGCCUUCCUUAUCAACCAUCAUCCCUGAAAAUUCGAAGGUUGCACUAGCAUCUCCAUCAGAUCCUGUCUAUCUUGCAACAAAAAAGAUGCGAGAGUUGCGAGUUAAUUCAGUUAUAAUUGCAACUGGAAACAAACCUCAGGGGAUACUUACUUCAAAAGAUGUACUUAUGCGAGUUGUGGCUCAAAGUCUUUCCCCUGAGCUGACUCUUGUGGAAAAGGUAAUGACACCCAAUCCAGAAUGUGCAACACUGGAGACAACAAUCCUUGAAGCAUUGCAUAUAAUGCAUGAAGGGAAAUUUUUACAUCUUCCUAUUGUAGAUAAAGAUGGAUGCAUUGCUGCUUGCGUGGAUGUCCUCCAGAUCACUCAUGCAGCAAUUUCCAUGGUUGAGGGUAACUCUGAAACUGUCAAUGAUAUGACAAACACAAUGAUGCAAAAGUUUUGGGAUUCUGCACUCGCUUUGGAGCCACCAGAUGAGGAAUAUGACACCCAAAGCGAAAUGUCUGCACUAAUGGCAUCCGAAGGUACUGAAGCUAGCAAGUUCAUGUAUCCACCACUUGGACUUGGGAAGUCUUUUAACUUCAAGUUCCAGGAUCACAAGGGCCAUAUUCAUAGGCUUAAUUGUGGUACUGAGCAUUUGGAUGAACUUAUAUCUGCUGUCAUGCAGAGGAUAAAGACUGACGAUGUUCACAAUCGUCCUCAGUUUUUGUAUGAAGAUGAUGAAGGGGACAAAGUACUACUUUCAAAUGAUAGUGACCUUAUUGGGGCUGUUAAUCAUGCCAGAUCAGCUGGACUGAAGGUUCUAAGGUUACAUCUUGAUUAUUCUGAAUCAAGCAAGCAUGCAUCAUCUUCAAUAGAUACAAGAUCUUCAAUGGAUACAACAACAGUUCAGAAAUCUGGUGGGCUUUCUCUCCGGUCGGGGGUUUUGGCUGGUGCAGCUGCAUUGGUAGGCAUCAGUUUAGUGGUAUACUUGAAGCGCUCAAGCCAGUAAUGUUGGCAUAUGGUUGACUUGAAGUUCUCCAUGCUGUAAUGUUUCAUAGAAGAGCUACUGGAAGAUUAACUGAGUUAAAUAUAAUACUCAUGGUACUUCCCUAGAUUACUGUUGCUCUUUUUUGUUUAUGCCUUGUUCCUUUAGGGCCCACGAGAUGCCAAGGUUUGUAAAGGAAUAAAUAAUUAUUCAUUCAAAGGACC